AUGGAAACAGCAGAGGACGACUCGCUCGGCGCAUGCCUCCUCCAAUGGGUCCGAUCGUUCGACGGAGUGGGCAAAGUAGGCCGUCUGGUAGACCUUAGCGAUGGCCUGGCACUCUGGGGUCUCCUCAGCGAGAUCGACGCCGACUACUUCGCCGGAAGCCUACCAGAACCGAACGUAUACGCCGCCAGCGACUGGACUCGAAAAUGGCAGAACCUGAAGCACAUUGAGCGGCAGGUGGCAAUGUACUACCGGGACGUGUGCAACGGGCAGGAGCAGCUGGCUACAGAGUCGACGCCAGAUUUGAAGGCAGUUGCGGCGGAGGAGUCGGGUCCGGAUCUGGAGAAGCUCAUUAUGAUGAUCAUUCGCGCUGCGAUGGCUUCGCCGGAGUCGAAUGAGAGGAUGGCGAGGAGAUUGAUGGGGCUGGGGAGGGAGAAAGCUAUGGUGGUUGCGAACGAGCUGAGGAAUAUGGAGGAGACGGAUUACGAGGAGUCGGAGCCGGUCAGCAGGGAUGAAUCUGCGUAUCAGUCGGAGGUGGAGCAGCAUGAAGAGCCUGUCAAGCCGAACGGGACGAACAAGGAGAAGUCGAUGUAUCAGGAUCCUUUGCUGGAGCGGGAGGAGGAGCUCUUGCAGGCUCAGGCUACAAUUGACAAGCUGCAGGCUAGUCAGGCCAGUGCGCAGCAGCAAUUUCAGGAACUGCGGCAGGAUAAGGAGCGGCUUCAAGAAGCUUUUGACGCGUAUCGAACGGAGAUUGAGACAAAGGGACGGAAGGCUGGCAGCGAUGAUACAUUCAAGAAGCUGCAACGGCAGGCGGACAGUGAUAAAGCUUAUAUCGAUGACCUCGAAGGCCAGUUGCAGAACUCCAGAAGUGCCAUGGAUAAAUACGAACGCCAACUACAACGGCAGAAAGAUGAAGGCGACUCCAGCCAACGACUCCGGGACGAGCUACAGAUGCUCAAAGCCGACAACGAAGACCUGAACCAGAAGGUCAAAGCGAACGAGAAUCUUAAGAAGAAGAUCCAGACGCUGCAAGAACAGGAGAAGCAGAACGCCACGCUGCGCGAGGAGCUGAAGCAGACGAACGACAAGCUUGAAGAGAUCGACAAGCUCAACCAGAAACAGGCUCGACUGGAGAAGGAGAUUAUUGAGAAGAUGGGCUUGAUCAGGAAUCAAGAGUAUCAGAUCAAUGAGUUGACGACCACACGAAAGCAUGCAGAGCACGAUGCAAGGAUAUUGAAGCAGAAGCUUAUUGAAGCGAGGGAGCGGCAUGAAGCUGAUCAUGAGGCUAUGGAGGAAUUGAGGGUGAAGUUACGUGAUUCCGAUCUGGACGAUACGACGGCUGCGCGAGAUGAUGAGACACCGCUGGAGAAAGCUCAGAUAGCCACUCCAGAUCCCGAAUUGAAGGUGGUGACGCCAAGGAACGACGAGAGUAAGCAUUUGACGGAGAAGCUGGCUCUUCUUCAGCAGCAAUUGGAAGCAUCAGACGCCCGGUUGAAGCAGGCUUCCGAGCGAAAUGCGGCGUUCGAGGAGAAGCAGAGAGGCGUUGAGGAGGACAACGAUGGCCGUCAGAAGAGCGGCCAACAGCUACGGGACCACGAAAACACUAUUGCGUCCUUGCGAAAGGAGUUGGAGGCUGCUUCACGGCGGAAGAGCGAGGCUGCCACACCAGCGCCUGCUCAGGAUCUGGCAUCGCUGCAGCGGGAGAACCAUUUGAUGGCUACAGCAUGGCAUGAUCUUUCGUCCAGGCUGCAGAACAAUGGCGUCUCGCUUGGGAGGCGGAGACAGGAGCCGAAGAGCUGGAUUGGGAAGCAGCGGGCUCUAGUUGGGCCGGGCAGUAGUAUGCAGCAAAGAUGA